UGUGCACGGACAUUGUCAUUGAUUAGGAAGUCGAUGAAAAAAAAUUCUUUUGCAAGCAAAAGGAUCUCAUUUUAUUCAUAUUACAUCCAUGCAAUAAACUAGGUUUGCAUGGUAGAGAUCGUUUCCGCUCUAUAUCAUUUUUCCUUGCCAGCCAACCCCAUUAUUACCUUCGCCUUGCCCCUCUCUUUCACUCUGUCUCUCACUCAUGCAUUUGACGCACCCCCAAGGAUCUUUUUGAAAGAUCCUUUCGCACCCCUCUAUCUGUUUUGUUAAUCCUCAAUCACCCUAAUAUGCUGGUAGCUCAUAUCAUCGACGAGUUGUUUAACAAGAAGCAUAGAAAUUAACAAUGACAGUGUAUUAUAGAUGCUUGCUUCUGCUAAAUGCUUGCUGGCAACUCUCAUCUCGGAAGAAUUCAAAAGUAAAUAAAAAGGCCUUAACAAGAGCUUAAUUUAGGUAACUUUUAAACUUAUAAUUUUCUAAAGCUCGAAAAUUCAAUUUUUUUAUAUUUUGAUACGGCACUAAAUUGUCCAAAAAUAUUUCUUUCAAUUAAAGCUCUGAUGCGUGUGCAUCAAAUAAGUAUUCCCCACUUGGUGAUCUAUAAUAUAUUAUAUUUCACGCUCAGAACUAUGGUCCAGGACGCCAUUCAGUCGACUCUGCGGUCUCAGGGUGCUGUCUGCAGGCGCAUCUGCCCACCCUUUUGGCUGCUGCUCUCAAGCAUAGAGUUCUCAAACACACUUUGUCCCUUUUAGACUGGAUGAGCGUAAAUUAUACGAAUUAUACAAUAAUUUAAAAAAUUUAUUAUUAAAUUGAGCCAAAUUUUUCUCAGGUUUAAAUAUUUUAUCAAUUUUAGCUGCACAAGAAUUAUUUAUUUAAUUAAAAUUUUGUAAUUUCAAAAUAAAUUUCCAAUUCAUGGAAAAUAAAUAAUAGAUACUUAAGUUUUCUUUUCCAAGAGUUUGAGAUUGAUGCGAUUAAUAUUAUUAAUUUUUUUUUUUUAUAUUUCACACUAUACCUGUGUGUGCACAGACUCUUAAAGAAUGUUUUGCAGGUUAUUAUUAUUAUUUAUUCUACUCAAGUCAUAAAAAAAAAAAUGAAAUUGGAAAAAUGAGCAGAAAGGGUAUCACAACUAGCAGAGGUCUGCUAAAACGCCCGACAUCAAAAGAGACACGGCCGCCGCGGUGAACCCACACUUGCAGCACAAAACAGGUGAUUUAUUUUUUAUUGUUGCUUCAGGCGCUGCAGCUCAAUGGUACACAACAUAAUAACAUUGUAAGCACCCCGCACUCCCUUAUGCCUUCCUCCCCAAUUUUUAGCCUCAAUCGCCCCUACCCGACCCAAAAUGCAGGCGCAGGUGGUGGUAGAACGAUGCGCGUUAGCGUCGUUUUUCAUCCCCUCACAGCUUAGGCUAUCAUUAUGUGGUUUGUUAUGUUGCAGAGGCGCUCCACACAAUAAGAGCGAUGUAUCACUGCUGCACUUCAUUUCAUUUCGCCGGGAUAUUUUUUUCGUCUCAACGCUUUCUGGAGACUACUCUGGGCUAGCAACUCAUCUCGGAAGAAUUUCAAAAAGUAAUUUUUGAGGAAAAACGACCCAUCACCUUACUGUGAAUUGAAAUGAGUGCAAAAGAAAAAGCAGCUGCCAAAGAAAAUUGCCAUUGCAAAUCGGCCAAGUCUUCAUUGCCUUUAUUGGUUUGCACUCGCAAGUCGAACCAUGUUUGCACCCGCAAGAAAUGCAAAUUCUGCAUACCCAAACGACGACAGCUCAAGCAUCAACCUCCUAGCAAAGGAGGAUUGAUUAGUGCUAAUGAUACUCGCAAAUACAUCAUUGCCAGCGCAUCAAAAAAGAACAAGUGUUUUGACCGAGACUUUCCAUGGGAGGUUCCUCUUGAGGUUGUUGAACCUGUAUGUAUAGCAGAUUUGCCACUAGAAAAAGAUCUCAUUUGCAAACUCCUGCGGAUGGACGGAAAAAGGAAUAACGCAUACUUGAGUGCUAUGUACCCUACCCCUCAGUUUUUGGGAAAACAAUUUUAUGAUGCAAGCGUUUUAUUUUCCUGCAAGGAAAAAAAGGACCAGCAAGUCUUUUGCGAACUAGCAACCGUCACGAAUUUCAUCUUCCACCUGGAAUGCUCGGGACUUGACUAUUGGAGGGUCGUGGACAAGAGCGCAAACCAAGCCUGCGGAGAACACUUAGAAUUUCUUGCAUGGCACACAUUUCUCACGACCUACGAACAAGAGGUGAAAGAAGAGGAACAACUUCCACAAGACCACCAGCCUGCCGAUUUUCUGCUCAACAAUGGCCUUGUUUGGCAGCUCCACCUGAGUCCUAUUUUGCUCAGUCAAUGGUUGAUGACCGCCCUGUAUGUGCUGCUCGACUAUGAAGAGAAAACUGCCCCGUACAGAUAUGCACCGAUACCUGUGCAGAUCGCAGAGGUUGCCCAAGACGUCCUGGUGUUCUUGAAAGACCUGCGGAGGAGAAUCGCCUACGGAUUCAUGCUGAUCGGGCACCUGGUCAAAAUUCACCCCAAGAGGGACGGCCGGGUCACCAGACUGAUCAGGGAAGACAUUGUUGCGCCUGUGCUGGCCUCCCUGAAGGUGAUGCUCAAAGACGAGGACAAGCAUUUUCAGUAUCUUGUCAAGAUGUUGCCAGACGUUAUUGAGUUUGCAAAGAGUUUAAGCUGUUCGUGUAUGAUUGAACAUCUGGCAUACAUUGAUCCACGGAAUCACUAUUUCGUAGACCAAGAAUACGACAGUGACUUACUGUCGUCGAGCAUCGUUUUCACGCAGGCUUUUUAUGAUGACAAGCGGCAGAUCAAACCAUGCUUUGGGGAACUCUCUACAAAAAUUAAAGAUUUAAAAAAGAAAAUCAACGAAGUUGUAAUUUAUGACCUGCUUCCGUGGUCUGGACAAAUGGUUAUUGAGGUCUACAAUGCUGGAAUGCUGUGGGAAGUGAUGCAACUGCACCUCCGUCCUGAACUAGCAAAUACAAAACUAGAUGGUGACAUCUAUUCAUUAGCAAAUAUAAUCUACAACUCGCAUGACGUACUAAUUAGCAGAUUGGAGGAGGUUUGCAGAGAUAAACAGCAAGCAAUGCGGAGGAACUGUCUGUCAACUUUGUUAAUCAAAGAGCACCGCAACGCUUUGGCCCACAUAAAAGCAAGUUGGUUCUUUAGAGAAGUCGAAACAUUCAUUACGAGUGGCAAAGUAGAGUUGAUGGAAGCCACGACUGUAAUUUGCAAAGCCAAGUUUGGCAAGAACUCGUUGAUCAGGAAGAGGAGAAACGAAUUUUUGAAAGAAUGGGAUGGAACUAGCAACCCUUGUCUUAAUCUUGACGAGCCUGUCCUCGGCAACCACAACCCCAUCAGAACUGGCGUUUUGGAACUGAUUAAAAAAAUAAUUGCCGACAACUCAGAUGCCGAGUUAGUUGAAUUAUAUCCAGACUGGGCCUUUGUGCAUUACAUCCUGCCAACAUUUGUGAAUUGCUUCCAAACUAAGAGUUCUGGAUUUUCAGACAAGUUCUCAGAAACAUUUUUAGAAGAGGUGCUCGGAUUAUUUUCCAGAGAUUACAACGCUUGGAAAUGUAAUACAAAUAGCGUGGAUGUGUUCAGUAACUGGUACCAGAAAGCUGAAAUGCGAAAUCUUCCAAAGCUUAUGAUCCUAAGGCGAAUUUUGAUGGACCGCGUGCCUCGAGAAGUUGCAAACAAGUUUGGUGUUCACACCAGCCCCAUUUCAAAAUUAAGCGAACUCCUUUCAUUGAAUGCGGCUGCCAAUGUGUUUGUGAGCGACCGCGAAAACACACCGACCUUUGAGAAGAUCUAUUAUCGCUGGACCAAAAAGGUCAUCGAUUGGUCCAACAUUCUAUUCUUUGCUAUGACCGAGUCCAUCUCAAAAUUUGAAAAUAAUACUCCCGGUGGAAUCAAGAAGAAGAGUUUGCUGCUGGCAAUUUAUUCGAUGGUUGAGCUGGUGACGCUUUUCCAAGUGGAAGGCUCGGCCGAGUUCUCGGCGCACCUGAAACACCUGAACCAGUUGUGCCAAAACCUGGACGAGACGUACACGGCGCUGCUGCUGGAGCAAAACGGCGGCGGCGGCGCCGAGUGUGCCGGCGCGGCGAGCGCGUGGCAAAGGGUGGGGGUGGUGCUGUACCUGCUGUACGAAAUGCGCAAGGCCGUGGACGUGCCGCGCGAGUACAGCCCUCCCGAGUACUACCCCGAGGAGGCCAAGCUGGUGCUCAGGCACUUCGCCGCCAAAGACCUGCUCAAGUUGAAACUGGCGGCGAUCGGCCUGUGCGUGACCGAGCCGCACCGCCGCAACCGCACCAUCACCACCAUGGCGCUGGUCAACAAGUCGUCGCCAAAGUUGUUCGCCCCGUACACGGCGCGCAUCAAGAAGGGCCGCAUCCGGCGCUGGCACGACGACCUGCUGCUCCCCGUCAAGCACUGUCGCUUCUGCGGCAACCUCGACCACGCCAAGCUCACCAUGUGCACCGCCUGCGUCGACAACGACGACUACCCCGACGUCAACUGGUUCUGCGGCCACGAGUGCGAGGCCGCCGCCAUGCAAAAGUGCAAACAUGAGGACGAGCACGUCGCCUACAUCAUGAGUAAAAUUAGUUUUUAAGGUAAUAAUACUUUGUGCGAAUUUUUAUUCUUGGAACUUUUUAAGAGUCUAUUUUAAACAAGACCAUAUAAUGUAAUUUUUAUAAAGAGGUUUCAAAUUUUAAGUUCAGUAAUGUAUUAUUCAGAGCUUAAUAAUAGAGGCAUAAAUUAAUUUCUUGUACACGUAUCCAAAACGAAAAAUAUUGCAUUAUGCUAGAAUUUCGCUAGUUUUGUCAUAGUAGAGCGCGCGCCCUAGUAUAAAAUUAGAAAACCCCAUUGCGCAACUUCUCUUUUGAGUGCGUUUUAAAAAAAUUGACAUUAUUUUACGCACUUUAUGUAAUUAAAGGAGGCUUUUGUAGAAUAAAAUAUCUUGGCAUUUAUAUUUUGCAAACAA